AUGCGUGUCAGAAAAGAGAAAAGCCUGAAUGAAAUGACAGACUCUCCUCCUCCGCCUCCAUCUCUCCCUGUCCUCAAACAUCUCACCCUCAGCAGCCUGGGAAGCCCUGACAGGCUUGACACCUGCCAGUCAUACAAUCAGAGACAGGGUGGAGAGGACAGCAGCAUACACAGCUCCACAUGCUGCUGCAGUACAGCACCAAAACUCACUUUACAACUCAUCCACUCACAGACAGCAGGUGCUGGGAUGUGGCG